CGCGGUAGCCGCCAGCGCCGCACGGCCCGGCAAACGCACGGCGCGACUCCGCGGCCGCCUCGCUGCCUCCGGGGUGCCGCGGGGCGCUCUGCGCACCCUGGUGCUGCUCUCGGACUCCGGGCCAGGCGGUCUGCGGCCGCGCACAAAGGACCACGGACACCGGGGUCCGGGGACUGCGCCCUGGGACCGGCCGGGGACAUCAGCGGCGCCGCGUCUCCACGCCUCCCCUCCCCGGGCGGCCAGGAGCCCUCGCCGGAGCAGACCCGUCAUAUGACAGCGGCGACACAGCGGCCAGCGAGCGCCGGUGCUACCAGCUCCGCUACGCCACGGCCACCGACUCCUGGGGUGGCCCUCGCCGCGCCCCGCUGAGCGGUCGCCUGCCGCCGCCCCAAGCCCCGCGCCUCCCAGCUAUCCGGCUCCGGGAUCAGGAGCCCCGGAGAGACCCUCGCCAGAACCGAGCCUAAGAUGGCCACGCUGCUCCGUAAAAUCGGGCUCAUUCGCCUGCACAACCGGGACACGGAGGACCCUAAGCACCACCACAACCACCGUGGCGGAGGCGGCGGCCAACAGAGCGCGUCGCUGCGCGGCAAAGGCGGCGGCAAGAGCGGCGGCCACAAGCAGCAACAGCAACAGCAGCAGCAGCAGCAGCAGCACCCCGGGGGCGCGGGCGACGCUAGCCCCGGGCCCGGCAAGGGCAAGAGCAAGCGCGCGGCGGAGCUGGCCGCCCGCGACAAGCAGCCGCAGCCGGCCGCGGGGCGGCGGGGGCGGCGGGCGCCGGGGGCCCCGGGAGCGGGCGGCGGGCGCCAGGGCGGGGCGGGCCCCGCGGUGGCCGCGGCGGCGGCGGGCGGUAGCCUGGUGCCCGCGGCUCGCCAGCAGCACUGCACACAGGUGCGCAGCCGGCGGCUCAUGAAGGAGCUGCAGGACAUCGCGCGCCUCAGCGACCGCUUCAUCUCGGUGGAGCUGGUGAACGAGAGCCUCUUCGACUGGAACGUGAAGCUGCACCAGGUGGACAAGGACUCGGUGCUGUGGCAGGACAUGAAGGAGACCAACACGGAGUUCAUCCUGCUCAACCUCACCUUCCCCGAUAACUUCCCCUUCUCGCCGCCCUUCAUGCGGGUGCUCAGCCCACGACUGGAGAACGGCUACGUGCUGGACGGCGGCGCCAUCUGCAUGGAGCUGCUCACGCCGCGCGGCUGGUCCAGCGCCUACACCGUGGAGGCUGUCAUGCGCCAGUUCGCUGCCAGCCUGGUCAAGGGCCAGGGUCGGAUCUGCAGAAAAGCCGGCAAGUCAAAAAAGUCCUUCAGCCGCAAGGAAGCGGAAGCAACCUUUAAGAGUCUGGUGAAGACGCACGAGAAGUACGGCUGGGUCACCCCGCCCGUGUCCGACGGCUGAUGCCCGCACGCUCCCGCGACGCUUGAGCAGCCCGUCCACACUCCACCCUGCCAUCUCCUCCCACCACCGCUGCGCAUCUUCUACCCUUUUCUACUCCAGCCAGAACUGUGUCCCGAAUUCAAAGGACACGCUUAAGUUAUUUAUGAACUGGUGUGUUUACGGAGAGAAAGAGCGAACUGUUCAGGAUUGUGUUUCCAUAAUAAAUGACCGUCUCUAAGUCACUUUA